AUGGCAACACCCUCCGAACAGUCAUCGGCAUCAGCCAACGCUGCUUCGUCUACAGACACUGCGGCGGCAGCGCCCACCGAGUCCACCCUCCCGACAAACACCCCAGCGGAUCCUGCAUCCACCUCGCCUCUGCCAUCCACAAGCUCGGUCGCCUCGGCAUCCAUGCUCCCUCGCAGCACCGCACUAGCAUCCACCGGCUCAGCAGCCAGCUCGGCAGCACCCGGCUCGGGCACCGCCACUCCCACCCCGCGUACACCCACCACCCAGACCGCAGUGUCGCCACGUCGCGCCUCGUCGAGCUUAGCCCACAACUCCGCGGGCGUCAUCGCCGCUCGCGAUUCUACCACCUCGGCACGUCGCAUCCGACAGCACUCCACAGCCUCCGCAAUGGCCUCCACCGAUGGCUCCAACGCCAUCCCUUCCAUGUUUGGCCACCCCUUCCGCGCCGAUAGCCCCGCUGGCUUCGUCGGGCCGCGUCCAUCCCACACCACCCGCAUUCAGCCGGCCUGGGUUCGCCCCGCAAGAUCGCAACCCUCAAAUCCUCGCGACCCUACCGCCUCAAACUCGAGCCCAAACGCUACCCACCUCAGCUGGUACUCGACCCCCAUUCACUCACACCCGCAUCAGCCCCAACCCUCUGCAUCCACCACCAACCCGUCCCAUCGCCGACCACACUCUCUCCACGACCCACCGGCUGCUCAGCAUCGUACCCCGCCAGCAGCAUUGAUUGCCGACACGCAGCCGACGUUUGAAGAGACGACUACGAUCUCGUUCACCUGGACCAUUCGCGACCUGCACCUCCUGCGCGAAGAGGUCGAGCACUCGCCGCCGCCCUCCGAAGGCGGUCGCUCCGUCAGUGCGGGUGCGGGCAAGAGCGAUAUUUGGACCAACCCGCCCGUGUUUGGCGAUGGAAAGUGGAAGCUCGAGCUGGUGCGCACCACUCGCAGUCUAGCAUCCAACGACGAGCAAGUAGACCACCCGCACGACACCGAUCCAUCCGCAUCCGUCGACAGCACAGACGCGACGUCUUCGCCCCCAACCGUCUCGGCGAGCAUCACCAUCCUCUCCGUCUACCUCACCGCGCUCGUGCUCGACUAUACGCAUGCCAACGUCGAGAUCCCCGCGAGCAUCAUGUUGGGUCUGCGGCCCGUGCGCGCUCCCGUCGGCCGGCGAAAUGCAGAAAACGGCGGCUGGUUGUGGCGUCGCUUCUACGACUACACCUUCCACAAGGACGCCGACCUGUUCACGUGCCACCAUCUGCCGAGCGUCUCGCAGAUGCUGCAGGAUGAACAGGUGGCGGGACAGGAUGCGAUUGCGCUUACGAUUCAGCUCGGGCUCGGACCGGGACAUGUGCGCGAGUUGGAAGGGCACUUGGGAGGUGGUGCGGUGGCGAGGGUGCCUGUCGAGGUGGAGGGACAUCAUCUCGUGCCCAGGGCGGUGCUGACGUCGUUGCGCGGGUUGAUGGAUGAUGCCAAUACGGGCGAUGUGCGUAUCAUCGUGCGCGAGAGGGGUGUCUUACUCCCCGGGGCCGAGAAGGAGGAAGCGCUUUCCGACGAUGAUGAUGAUGGCGGAUCGAAUCGGUCAGCUCGCAUCGUACCGUUUCCUAUUGGGUCGACGCAUCCGGCUCAAGCUCGGGCGGAGGAAAGCGACGAGCAGAUGUACGUGCGCGAUCGCGUGCUGUGGGCGCACGCGAGCGUUCUAAAAAGUCGAAGCGACUACUUCCGCACCAUGCUCGGCUCAGAGUUCAGCGAGGGUAUCAGCCACGCGUACGGCUCGGGUGCGGCGCGCAAGGUUCGUACGCUUCGCAUACCCGACGCCGACUUUGCGACGGUGUAUUGGUUUUUGCGAUACCUGUAUACGGACGAGGUGGAGUUUGCGCCGCACGAAGACGUGCGCAGUGCAGUGCUGGAUGACGAGUGGGCCAAACCCGCCGCCGUAGCUGGCGAGAGCGAGGGGGAUGUUUUGGUCGAGUGGACACCGGUUUCGCAGCUCGACGAGGAAUACGGGAUGGAGCUGGGGCAUGGACGCGAAGUGUCGGGGUCGUUUGUACAUACGGCGACGUCCGGGUCGGUUCGACGUCGCACCAGCUCCAAACCGACCUCACCCGUCAAGGAGGGGGAGGGGGAAGGAUGGGAUGUGCACUCGCAUCCGUGUAGUGCACCUGGGGCAGCGUCGGCGCUGGCGGUGUUUAGGCUGGCGCAUCGGUACGAGUUGCACUCGCUCUCGCGGCUAGCAGCAGUCCAUCUCGUCGACACGCUCACCCCACACUCGGCAUUCCCCACGCUGCUGGCGACGAGCAUGUACGCCGAGCUGCAUGCGCGCAUCAAGGCGUACGUCUACACGCACUGGCACACCGUCGCCGCCACGCACGAGUUCGAGACGUGCUGCGACCAAGUCAGCACGGGUGUCUGGGGCGCUGGUGCCGGUAAGACGAUCAGCGCUUUUGUAGCCAGUCUCGUCUCACCCCUCGCUCAGCGUGUCUAA